CGUUUUACGUCAAUUUCCUGUCAGGCGUGAGACGUAAAUAAGUUGGCCAAGCUGCUAUUUAAGCUAAACUCUCCUUUUCUAUGAAUAUCAACAACGUCGUUGUCGUAAACGGUCAGGAGACACACAGGAAGUGACGUGUUUGUUCUUAGAGCAGGUCAUGCCGGCAGACUCUCGAACGUAAAGAGAAAGUAGAAAGCUUGGUGGGAACGCCGACGCCGCUCAGCCUGCUAACAGGAGUUAGCAUCACACAUCCUCAGCGCGCGCGCUCAUGCUGACUGCGCCGCCGGCCUUCACGCGCCGCUCCCCGUCUCAGCCCGCGGCUCCCCCCGCAGAGAAUGAACUGGCUUUUCUCCGCGUCCAAAGGCUCCGGGCCGCUGCCGGUGAGCAGCCUGCAGCAGCAGAGACAGCGGCAGGUCGAGUCCCUCAAAGCCGCUCACCCCAGUGUGGCAGAAAUCCAGAAGGAUGUGGAGUACAGAAUACCGUUCACAGUCAACAACUCCACCAUUAGUGUCAACAUUUUGCUGCCACAGCAAUUCCCACAGGAAAAGCCAGUGGUUAGUGUCUACCCCCCUGUGGGGCAUCAUUUAGUGGACAGCAACAAUGGAACCAUGAUCUCAAGCCCUCUCAUCACAAAUUUCGGGAUGCACUCUGAUCUGGGUAAAGUGAUUCAGAGUCUCCUUGAUGAAUUCUGGAAGAGUCCUCCUGCGCUGAUGUCCAGCAGCUCUGCUGGAUUUCCAUACAGCGGUCUGUACAAACCAGCAGGCAUCCCCCCCUACCCCGCUCAGGCUUUCCACUACAGUCCUCACCAUGUGGGGCCCGGUCAGACUCCGUCUCCGGGUCCGGGACCAGUUCCAGCACCGGCCCCCAUGUCACAUACAGGAGUGGAUAUGGUUCAUGGGCCCCCUCGAGCUGUGGCCCCAUAUGGACUGAUAACAGAUCUGCCAUUGCCGGUUCCAACUGGAGAAUCCCAGGCCGGACUAAACGGACACAUGUACAAGAUGCCUGAGAUUCCCGAGACGUUCCCAGAACUUCCUGACAUGAAUCUGAACCAGUUGUCGGACAUGUCUGAAAACGAGGACGUCCUGCUGGAGUUCUUCGUGAGGUUGCCACAGUUCAAACAAGUCACGGGUGAUAAAGAGGAGCUGAUCAGCAGCAUAGUAGACAUGGCCAAGAAAAACCUCCAGAUGGAACCACAGCUAGAAGACAAGAGACAGGAGAUGCUGAACAAGUAUGAGCAGCUGACGCAGAUGAAGACGGCCUUUGAGAUGAAGAUGCAGAGACAGCAUGAGCUCAGCGAGAGCUGCAGCUUGAGCACGCUGCAGGCCCGCUUAAAAGUCGCCGCCCACCAGGCUGAGGAGGAGUCGGAGGACACGGCAGAGAACUUCCUGGAGGGGGGCAUUGAAAUUGAUGAGUUCCUGACUAGCUUCAUGGAGAAGAGAACGCUCUGUCACAGCAGAAGGGCCAAAGAGGAGAAGCUGCAGCAGUGCAUCAACACACACGGACCUUUUCCUGUCGGUGACUAGAGCACCAGCUUUCAUGCUUUAUCGUCCAAAUGCUGCCAGUGAGGAAAGGACUGCACUGGAGCUGGAAGACUCUGAGGUCUGCAGAAACAGGAAGAGAAGGAUGGCAGUGAGAACAUCUCAGAAGGAAAGAGGGUCAUCAGGAGGCAGAACAGCAGCCAUACGUGAGGGUGACCCCACUGUGGAAUGAGCACGCUGUAGAGGGCUUUUUGAUUGGACGUCUUAGUCUAGUUUGCUUUUGGGAUUUGAUCACACUGAGCUGCUGGCCUCAAUGCCACAGCGUUCACAUAAGGUUUGUUUGGUUUUCUCAUGAUCAGGAUGAAAUUCUUCCUGCUAGUGUGUCGUCUUCUCUCAGCUUUGUAGAUUCCAACGUUUUAACGGCAGAACGAUGGAAAUGUUUGCUUUUGCACUUUGAGGGUCUCCUGAACCAGUUUCUGUGCGUUUGGUGAAGAUCAUGGGGCUUAACGUGUUGAAGCGGGGGCUUCAUGACCUGCUGGGGCAGCCCCCCCCCUUCACCCUGCAGGAGACGUGGAUGAAGGGAUGGAUGCAUGUGGACGGGGUACUCGGUUACUCUGCUAAAGAAAUGGGGUUCAAAGGGUUUUUAUUGGCUAAAGCCCAAACAUGUACGUUUUUGUCAUGAAAAUCAUCUGAGUUCGUGGGACUCGAACGUCGCCCACAUGGCCGUCUCCUUUACUUUAGGAUGUCUGUGUGGAUGCAAACACGCCGAACGCCUCCUCCUGAUGCACAGUGACGGUUGAUCUCUUUGUGGUUACCAGCCACAAACAAAUGGGAUACGGUUAAGUAUUUGAAGGUUGAAGUAAUACUCGAGUGACAUUGGAUACUGUAUUGAAAUGUUAAUAAUAGACUAUAUUAUGAUCAAUUUCAGACACCUUGUAUUAUAUGUUCUUAUUUAAUCUGUUGGCAUAAUAAAGCAUUUAGAAUAAGGCU